CUCGAGGUUAGGAUAGCGAGAGGCCGAAUACGGGAUCAAUUCGACCAAUUCCCACGACAAACCACCUCAAUCUGACCUUCCACGACUCGCCCAACAUGGUCGGCUCCAUCCUCCGCCAAUUCUUUUCCCCGGCGACACGCCGUCCCCUCACCACAGCCCUCUCAACACCACCAAGCCGAGUCAUCCAACCAACCCUCCGAACAUUCACAACCUCCGCACCCCGCGCAUUCGCUCCCACAACAGCUCGCCCAGCUACAUUGAACCAAGUCCUCCGCGGUAUCCGAAAGGGAAAGCGCGCACGCCACGCUGUCUCUCCUGCUCUGUCCAACACAAACUGUCCCGCUCUGAAAGGCGUCUGUCUGCGUGUUGGUGUUGUUCGACCCAAGAAGCCCAACUCCGGUGAGCGAAAGACUGCUCGUGUGAAGCUUUCUACUGGAGCUGUUGUUACGGCGUAUAUUCCUGGUGAGGGACACAAUAUUCAGCAGCAUAGUGUUGUAUUGGUACGAGGAGGACGUGCACAGGAUUGUCCUGGUGUGAGAUACCAUCUUGUUCGAGGAGCUCUGGAUCUGGGUGGUGUUGCGAGCCGAACAACAAGUCGAAGCAAGUACGGCACCAAGAAGCCAAAGAAGGCCACAGUUGGUUAAACAAUUUUACAUACGGAAUCAAAUGGACGAAUUAGGUUAAAAGAUGGCAAAGCGAUGAUACAAGACAUGUGUCAAAACCAAUAGACCUGGCUGCGGCCAUGUAAUGAUAUUGUACACUAUUUCAAGCAUUUAAGAAAGCAUUCAAAUGAUCCCAGA